GGCGAAAGAAGAAGUAGCGAACGUCUAAUUAUUUAUAUUUUUAUUUACAAUUUUUUAAUCGUUUGUUUGUUAUUUUCCUAUAAUUCCUCCAAUGGAAGAAGUUGAGGAUGAAGAUACUAAGUCACUUUUAACCGAAGAACAAAUUCACGAAUUCCAGGAAGCAUUUGACCUUUUUGAUAGGGACAAUGACGCAACUAUUACCUUAAAAGAAUUUUGUACAAUAAUGAGAGUGUUUGGACAGACUCAGUACGAAAUUGAGCUAGAAGAAAUGUUUCAUGAAGCAGAUGUUGGUGAAAAAGGAACGAUAAAUUUUGUAGAGUUUUUAGGAAUAAUAAAAAAGCAUUAUGUAGAAGAUAAAACGUCAGAGGGAAUUAAUGAAGCUUUUAGAGCAUUUGAUCCUCUUAAGAAAGGAAUUAUUCCGGCAGAUGACUUAAGAGAGUACAUGAUGUCUUAUGGAGAAAAACUAACCGAAGAAGAAGCAAAUGCAUUUAUUAAAGCAGCAGAUUCAAAUAAAGAUGGGCAAAUUAUGUAUGAAUACUUCGUUAGCAAAAUGGCUGCCAAGCUAGAGAAGAACGACAAGUAUCAGCCAAAGUUCGCAAAAUCAAAAAGUAAAACUAAAAAUUAAUGUAUGCAAAAAUAUUCAGAAACGAUCAAAUAUACAGGGGACCGCAACUAGGAUGGUUUUUGAUUAUGAGUUUGC